AAAGGGAAUUUGUUGAACGAAAAUUUUUCCGAACCAAGAAAUCAAAAUUGGGGUUCUAUGUUACGAAUUGGAGAAUUAAAAAAAAGUACAAGAUGUUGAUAAAAAAAAUAUUAUGUUGUGAUUACGUUUAAAAACAAUUUUUUAAAUUUCACAUAAUGAGAGAAUUAUUUCAAACAUCGAGUGAUGAAACGUAGAAAAACAUGGAAAUGUGGUGUUUUCAACAUCCAUGACAGGAACAAUAAUUUUGGGGCAUUUGGAGCCCCAAAAAAAUUUUAAACACCUGUCGAUGGAAUCUUUGUCGAAAAGCAGUGAUUCUGAUAAUAAUUAUCAGCAUACCUGGCAAAAAAUGACAUCCGCUUCUCAACAAGGACAACCAAUACAAUUGACACCACUUUGGGAAUAUGUGGUAUGUAUAUAUUUUGUUUUUCAAAAAAAAAUAAUUUGUGUAUCAAUUUAUUUCUUUUUCCAGGUGCGAACAAGAAAAUUUCCAUCAAACAUUGAUAUGCAAAUGACGUUUGACGAGAUUUCGGAAAGAUUAAAUGAUCCAGAAUGGGAGGUUCGACAACAUGCACUUCGAGUUUUAAUUGAUGUUUUACCAACUUUAGAAGGCGAUACAGUUGAUGAAUGCAUGAAAUCUGUAAUACCAGAAUUAGUAAAUAAUUUAGGAAAUUCUGCACCUGCAGUGAGAAAAGGAUCUCUCGAUGCUUUAAGAGUAUUUCUUCUUCACAGCAGAGAUAGAGACACAAUGAUUAAAAAUAUUUUGCAAGAAGGAUUAAAUCGUCCAAAUGCUUUAGACAAUUUCCAAACAAAUGUAACAAUUGGCGUACUAUUGAGUAUUCCAUUAUUACUAUUUCCAUCGAAAGAAAUUUCACGACCAUCAAAUGAAAUUCUCAAAGAAGCAACACAUUCACUUCUAUCACAUUUAAUACAAAUAACUCAUCAAGAAGCGGCACUUAAAUCUUUAAUAAAAAUUCGUGAAUUCGUUGGCGUUGAAGAAUUUGAAUUCUAUUUACAAGGGACUGAUAAUAAAAUAAAAAAUGAUUUUGAAACACUUUGCGAUAUCUAUAGAAUAAAAUCGAAUGCAAAAGAUGAUAUUAGAAAUAAUUUAAUUGGUAGAAAAAUUUACAGUGCACAAGAUUUUAAAGGAAAAUUGAAUUCACUUAAUAAAGAAACGUGUGAAAGUGGAAGUGAUACAUCGGGAAUUGUUGAGGAAGAUGAUGAAAUUUUAUCGAGUACUAUACCACCAUCACGUGUUGUACUCGAGACGGAAAUUAAAUUCAAUGAAGAAACAGCAAUAACAAUGACUAUUUUAGAGGAAAAAGAUCAAGAUAGCGAUGAAUCAGACGAAAAUGAUUCUGAGGAGGAACACGAGGAUUGCAGUUUAGAACAGGAUUUUUCGAUAGAGGAACUACAUAAAACCCCCAGACGAGUACAUUUUGGUGGCGAAGUGGUAAAAUUACGCACUCCUGAUAGCGAUGACACAACUCUAUCAGUGAAAGAAACGCCAAAAACAAGAAUUCCACUUCCUAUAUCACCAGCAACAAAAAUGCCAAAAUCAAAUGAUGUAAAACCAAAAUCAUCAUCACAGCCCAAUAGUCCAAUUCAUAGACGUUUUUUGAAACCACAUCGUUCACAUUCAAGUAGUCCAAGAAGAGAAAUUUACAUACACAAUGCAAAUCUUAGUCCAAAAAAAGGAAUACUAACGAGAACCAAUAGUCCAACAUUUAUUUCUGAUUUUAUUGAUUCAGGGAGAAAAAUUUCUGCAAAAAAAAAUCGUAGCGAUUCAAUUGAAAUGAAAAGAAAUGAAAUUUAUCGUCAAAAUGAGGGAAAAGCAUUUCACGUUUGUCCUGAGACAAAUGAUGAAGAAAAUUUAGAAAGCAAAAUUAGAUUAUCGCGUAGAAAAAGUGUUGAUGUUUCUACAAUAAAAAAUGAAAAUUCAAUUAAUGGAGAAUCAAAAGAAAACAUUGAUUUAGAUUCGAAAAAUUCAAGUCCAACGAGAGAAUCUCCAAAUCGUAAAAGGUCUUCCAGUUUUGAAGUGUUUCCACGUCAAGAGAGAAACUAUAUUCUUAUGGAAUUAUCAAGUCCGGUGAAACAUAAAAAAAAGGAUUCGCCACGUGACGAUAAUGAUGAUUCUCCUUUUGGUUCUGUUGUUAAACCUGAUAGUGAAUUUGAUUUAAUGAAUAAAGAAGCGGAUGUAAAAUUGGUAACGGAUGAGAAAGAACUUCCAUUAGUCGAAGAGAAAUUGCCCGAUGAAUUAAAAUCAGACGAGAAUAAAAUAGAGGAAAAUGUUGAUAAUUUAACAAUUGGAAUAGCAAGUGGUGAAUCAGUUUCCAGUGAACUUAAAUUAGAAAAAGUGUUACCUAAAGUGCCGGAUUCGAAUUUAGAAGCUAAAAGUGAUUUAAAAAAUAAGGAACGUAAUUGGGAAGAAUUAGAUUUGGUUGAUCAGGAAGUACUCCAGGAUUUGCAUAAUAAGGAUGAUUGGCGAGCUAGAGUUCGGGCAUUGGAGCGAAUUGCAUCAAUUUUAAGAAGAUCAUCUGCGUUGGUUGCUAUUGAACCAAGAUUAGGAUCACUUUUGCAUGCUGUUCUUGGAGGAGAAAGAAGUUGCAGAGUUGCUGCAGCUGGUCUUGAUGUUGCACGGGUCGUACUAACUGGAGUUUCUGAGGAUGCUCUCAAACGAAGACUGUCAUUAAUUGCUUGGGGUUUGGCACGACAAGGUGGCCCCAAUGCUGCUCAACUUGCAAGAAUUGCAAUGCUCAGACUGAGACCUGCACUUUUUUUAGAACAAUUAAUGCAACCACAAUGUAUAGGUGCUAGAAAUGCAAAGACGAGAGAAAAUACACUGCAAUUGUUAAUUUUUUCUUUAGUAACAUUUCCAAGUACUGAAUUUAAUGUGAAAACACUUACAAAUAAAGUUGUAAAUAUGGUUGGUGAUCGACGACGAAGAGUUCGACAAGCUGCUUUAGAUACGUUGGCAGUUUUGGCACAAAUUUACGAAACAGAAGAUAUAUUACAAGUUGCAAAAGAAGUAGUUAAAGAUCGACAUGAUCGAUUGGCAAUAAUUGCAGCAAUAAGAGCUCGUCUUGCUAGAAAAUCAUUACCCAUGGUUUCAGCUGAUGGACUUGUUGUUUAUGGAUUGCAAAUUUCACCAACUGCCCAAAUAACAACUGGUGCUGACGUAGAUUGGAUUGUAGCAGGAAGUGGAUCUGUUUCACCAGGUACAGGUCGAACAAGGGGACAAAUAAUUGCCACCUCAAAAGUAGAAAACGAACGAAUUAGAAGAAAUGAAGAAGCAAAAAACAGUGAAAAUCGUUGGGCAGAAUCCGCAAACGUACAAGCAGUAGUUAGUCAAAAUGAACAACUUCCAGGAUACAGGCAUAAGAGUGGCAGUAGAUUUCAGAAAAGGAUUCGACAUAAGGAACACAAUAAUAUUGGAGAAACGCUUUUCAGCGAAAGUGUUAUAAAUUUUGAAACUGAUGAAAGGUUAGAAGGUAAAUGUCGUGAAUUGUGUUCAGCACCAGGUAAAAUUAACGAAACUUUGAUUGACGAAUCUGUGAAUAGUGAAAAACAAGAUAAUCUAAAUUCCUAUAGAAUUGAAUCGAAAUCUAAUAAUUAUACACCUGAAAUUGAUGAUGCAUCUGAAGAAAAGUUUCGUAUGAGCAGUGCACCUCCACAAGAGAAAAUUAAUUUAAAAUUAGAAUCUAAAAUACCGAUUUUAAAUUCCCGAGGCAACGAUAUGAAGGAUUCUUUUAACAUACAGAGAAGAAAAAGUGGAAAUCAAAUUCACGAGAAAUCGAGUAUAAUGAAUGAAAAAAAUUCGAAUAAUCAAUUUGAACGAAAUUCUAAUAAACUAAUCGAACAUAAUGAAAGAAAAAGAUCUGGAAAUCUAUACAAAAAACGAAAAAAUUUAUUAGCGUCAAGUACAAUUCAAUCACAAGUUCAACCCUUGGCAAGUUAUACCGUAAAUUAUUCUUUCGAUUCAAAUUAUACUAAUUAUUUAUUGCCAUCGCAAGUUAUUCCAACUCCAAUUAAGUCUAUAAAUAACGAAAGUAAACAUAAAUAUUUAAUGGAAAAGAACAAAACUACAAAUGAUUUUCAUACAAAUUCGGAAAAAACAACAUUAAAGACUCCGGAAAACUUAAAGUACUCAAAAAAUGAUUUGAAACUGACUUCGUUUCGACCACAAACUUAUGAAGAUACAUAUUCUGCUAUUUAUCAAAGACAACUACGAUAUAUGGAAGAAAGUUCAGUUCGAAAAUUACAAAACAGAUCUGGCACAUUUCGAAAAAGUAAUUUCGAAUCUUUGGGCAAAAAUAACAUUUUACGAAACGAUAAUCUACAGCCAAAAUCAGGUCAAGAAUUAAAAGCAAGUUCCUCUCAAAAAAAUACUACUGAACAAGCGUCAAGAUUAUUACAAAAUGUCAAUAAAUCAUUGGAUGAUGAUAAAAUUUUUCCCCCAGUUACAUUCGGGCCAAAUUUUAAUUCAAUGUAUAGUUCUUCUUAUAACAGUGAAAAGACUGGGGCAAAUGAAGAAAGUUUCAUUGAAAGAAAUAGGAGAAAAUUGUCAACUCCAAGUAUCAAUUAUGUUGAACAUAAUCAAGAAGAAAAGACUCAAAAUCAAGUGCCAAGCAUAUCACGAGCAGCUAGCGCGACUAGUUCAAUAUCAAAUGUGUCAAUUGAUAACAAUCAGAAAAUUAAUAUUGAAAACAAUCUUCAUGAUGAGAAUGAGACAAGUGUCAUCAACAAAAAUAGUCGAUCGCCUUCAUUAAAAAUUUUAGACGAUAAAGCUUUUGAUAUUAUUUCCGAGAAACUAAAUCCAAGUAGAAGAAAUUCAUUUGAAUCGUUUAUUAUUUCGGAUAAAAAAUCUCCAUUGCCAUUAAAAGAUGAAAAUGUUGACAAAAUUUUAAGUUCCGAAGACGAAGAAGAAGACGAUGAAAAAGAAGACGAUAAUGAAUCUACUGUAAAAAGAACGGAAAAUUUUAAUGAAAGUGAAAAUACAUCAGAAGAUGAUAAUUUAAUGAGAAAUAUGGUUCGCACAAAGUCAGCUUCUUCUAUUUUAUCAAUGAAAAAUACAUUAACUGAACGAACAUCAGUAAUGACAAAUUAUGCUCUUCUUUCCAGUCAAUCAUUACGUGAAUUAAAUGAAGUAACACCAUUAAAUAAAACCUUCAGUUCAAAUAAAUCGAAUCCAAAUUUUUCAAAUCGUUCUUUAAUAAAAAGAAAUUCAGCAUCGUCUUUGGAACGUAUUCGUAGUCCACAAAAAAAGUGGGGUUCAAAUACAAUUGACGAAACUGAUGGAACUGUAAAUGCUUCCUAUUCUCUGAAAAACAGUUCCUUUGAGACACUUGAUUUUCGAAAUUCCCAUAUCGAUGGUACAAAUUCAAAUGCAAUUAUUGCAAUGUCUCGAUCUCAAACUCCAGAAAUUUUUGAAAAUUCAACGAGAAUUGUUGACUCGAGCAGUUCAGAAAAUACACAAUCGUCUCAAAAAUCUCCGCAACGUUUUAUAUCUGAUGCAAUGUCUAUUAAAGAAGAUACUUCAUCGACUCAAUCAACAGGUUCAGAAGAACCCACUGAAAGCACAAGAAAUGAAAAUAAUGCAAAUCUUCACAUUGAAACCACACCUUCUGGUUAUCAAUUGGCAUCUCGAAAGCAAUCAACAAAACUAAGCAUGAAAUCGCGGGGAAAUGUAUUAAGAGGAUCUCGAAAUUCUGAUAAGGAUAAAGCUAAAAUACACAUGCAACAAUGUUUCUCUCAACUUGAAAGCAAAGACUGGGAAAUUACAAUGAAAGGACUUCAUACUUUAUCGCAAAUUGCAAAACAAACGCCGGAACAAUUAGAUUCUUACACUCCUGGAAUGAUUGUUCGAUUAUUAGGAAAACAUGUACGAAAUUUGAGAUCACAAGUCUCGAGAGCCGCAUGCUUGGCAGCUGGUGAUAUUUUUUCCUUACACAUACGAGGAAUUGAUCAAGAUUUGGAUGUACUAGCUGGACCAUUACUUAAUCGAACUGCAGAUACAAAUAAAUUUCUUCGUGCCGACAGUAAUGCUGCAUUGGAUCGUAUGGUGGAACAUCUUCCUCCUAAUCGAACAAUUGGAAUUAUUGUAAAUCAUGGUGCUACGCAUCAAAAUGCAAUUAUUCGUGCUGCGACAGCAAGACUUUUAUGUGCAAUCGUUGAUCGUAUUGGUCCAGAUUAUAUAAUGUUUCUACCUCGAGAUGUACGAGACAAAUUACUCAGCGCUGGAGCUAAACUUCUCAUUGAUGGAAAUUUAAAUGCUAGGAAUCACGCUAAAGAAAUUUUCCGACGACUCAUUCGCUGUGAGGGAUUUAAAAAAGCACUUUCCGAAGCUGUGCAAGAAUCGACAUUACGACAUAUUGAAAAAACUCUUAGAUCUCUUUAACAAAGAUGAUCGUGGGACGUUUUUUUUUUUUUAAUUCAGUUGUUAUCGCGAUAUAUAGUGUGAUUUUAACAGAAAUAGAGAUUUUUUUUAUCACACUUGGUAAAUAAAUUGCACAUUCGUUUGUAA